AACGACAGAGAUAUUUCUAGACGCCUACGCCUGUCCCUACAUAUGGUCGCAUAUUCCCACCCAUACACAUGACCAGCGGUCUGAUGCGGCGCUUCUUCUCGACGUUUGCCCGCACGCAACUUGAAGCCACGACGACUGCGACUUCGCUUACGGCGCCCCGAAUACUAGGGCUCAGGCAAUACAAGAGGACUCUUAGCGAUGUCGGCUCCAGACGGGCGUCGGUGUCGAGGCAUUGGUUCACAAGCUCGUCGCCAUACUCGAAUUCCGAGCCCGACGAGUGUGAGAAGAAGCGCAUGAGCGAGCGCGACCUGAAGCUGGGAAACACCAUUAGGGUCCUACAUGAUCGCCUACCGACGCUCUUGAUAUCGCCACUCCCCCAGGACAUCCUCUCGCCGCAUAUCAGCCUCCACCUAUUUCCCUCGACGCACCCACAUCUGCCUACUGUAAGCGGGAGGUUUUCGUACGCUGCAGCACUAUGGACAGCGCCGGUUGCAUGGGGUCAGGUUCCGGUAUUAGGCAACGUCAAACUCAAGAUAUUGUCUGAGCGCAUGGUGAAGAAUGGGGGGUGCUCAACAGCAAGCAAUGUGCGUAACGAGAAACUCAUUGUCAAAUGGCAGACAUGCGGCAAGUCGGACAAGAAAGAGAGCGGGCAGGUCAGCGAUGUUGUGGAGAAAAUCACGAGCAUUGUUGCUGGGUCCAAGCGGCCACAGCAGGAAUUUACAGGCCUUUUCAAGUUUGAGUUUGACGAGGAAGGACGGAUUCUGAACCACAUCAUCGAGCACACAGAUGAGGGCCAGCAUUGGGAUCGGACUGCCAAGAUGAUUAGCGUCACGGAUUGGCUUCUGGGACGGGCGUGGGGGAUGCGAGAUGAAGGUAGUCCCAGCCUGGCGUUUGCCAAAUGCAGCAGGGAAAAGGACGGCCGCGGCCAGAGCGAGCGGCGAUGAAACGCUGUUGUUCUGCUUCCACGUCAACGUUGGGCUGUAAUUGCUGUUGUUGUUGUUGUCGUCGUCAUCGUCGUCGUCGUCUUCUCCCUUUUUUUUCUCUUCACUCCACCUGUACAAGAUAUGUAACCACGAAGUAAUGAGAUGGCGUUUUUCGUAUAGAGUAGCGAAGACCAAUUGAUACCCUAGCACAAGGACCAGGAUGUUGUAUGCACACCC